AUGCCUACGCCAUUCUCUUCCACUUUCGCUUCCGCUGCGGCGAGCACGAACGGAGAAAAUACCGCCAACAGGAGGGACAAUGCUGGUGCUAGUGAUUGGUCGAGAAGCCGUGUCAAUGGUGCCACACAGACCUUCCGCAGAACCUCGUCCGCCACCACAUCCGCGCAAGCACCUUCACAGACACGCGAAAGCGGGAACAACCAUGGCGGCGCCUAUAUACCUCCGCAUCUCAACACCAAUAACACGUCGACCUCUUCACGAAACGCUGCUCCGGGCGGCGCCCGCUACUCCAAGGACCAGUUGUUGAGCAUAUACCAAAGUCUCAAGGAAUCGUCAACUCUCGAUCGAGAUCUGGAGGAUAUAUUCCAGGGCACAUGGGAUCCAUUGGAGGCGAAGAAUGGAAACGCGAACCAAGGUGCUCGUGGUGACGGCAAGGACCCAGCUCCGGGACCAGAAAUUUGUUGGAACUACGAGAGCAACACGGAGCCGUUUGGCUUGAGAGGCAUGACGGAAGAAGAGAAGCAGCUCUUUUCCACUUCCGUCAACUCGCCGAUCAAACCGCAACAGAUGAACGUGAAAGACAGCGGCGCAGUCGGAGUGAUUGGCGGUCGUAAGACUUCGUUGUCGGGCUACAAUAAUACCGCAGGAGGUUCACGACCGAGCACCCGCCGUAGGGAGACAAGCGAUUCCUUUAUGAGUAACGGGCCGAUGUCACCUGCUGAGAACAAGACUUUUGCCCGUGGCGAAUCGAACACCGCAACCCCUCCACCCGCAUUGCUACGACGAAGGACGGACUACAAAGAGGAAGAUACUCCCUCCACUUCCAAGGACGACACGGGUGCAGAUGAGCAGCCGGAACCGCAGCCUUCGUUCCCUGGCCUGCGAAGGUCGGGUACGGGACCGUUGAGUGCGGGUCUGAACCCACCUUCUGCCUCCCCGUGGGCAGGUGGUCCACAGCCGGCGACAUUCGGCUCUAUGGGAAGCUUUGGAAGCUUCGCGAUCGGCUCUCCAUCCUCGGCCGAACCCAAUGACAAGAGGCUUGGUUUUGGCAGCGCUCGUGGAAGCCGCUUCAAGGAUCUGCUGUCAAAGAGCAGCUCGGAAGACAUUUCUCAGGGCAUCAAGGACAAGAGCUCUUUUGGCGCGCUCGAAAAGCUUCCUGAGGAGGACACAGGCGCAGCCCAUGCGAGAUUCCGCGAUGAUUUCAAAACGCGCCCGGGCCGAAGCGAGACCAACCCGUAUGAUGACGCACCCGUACGGACUGGAAGCGCCGCUUUGGGUGGCUCCCAAGAGACCGCUGCCGGCAAUCCUGGCAUGGAGCAGACCGGGGCUUCUGCAUAUCGCCCUCCACCGAAUACGAUAACUCGAGACUUUGGUCAGGACGAGACAUAUCCACAACCCCAGCACGGCCGAUACAAUCCCCUUGAACCUAUGAGUCCCACCAACACGAACCCGUACCAAAGCCCUCAUGGCCGGGUCGAGGAUGAUGAGCGGGACACCAACGACUCAACAUCGCAGGCAUCUGGGCUCCCGCCAUUCGGAGGCAGCCGCCGUGGCAUGUUUCCCGGCUCUGACGACAGAAGUCAGCCGGGAAGUGCUGUCCGCAGUGCCAGUGGUUUCGGUGCUCUCUCUGGUUUCGGAGGGUUGGGCGGUGCACCAACUUGGUCCACAGCUGGACUUGGUUCUGGCAAGCCUGGCCUUGACCGUACAAUUGCAUCUGCCUUCCCCGACCCGCUGUUCAGCCCUAUGUCGGAUCUGCAAUCUCCUGGAGCCGGGGGCCUGGGAGGGGGCUUCUUUGGGUCAGGCGGGUUUGGCUCCGCCGGUCGCGUAAGUCGACUUGGGGCAAUGUUCCCGCCGGCCAUGCAAGAACAAAUGCGCGGUGACAGCAGAAACGAGAUGCAUGCGGGUGCUUUCGACUCACGUCCGGAAAGCGCACAGCAACAGUCAAUUCGUGACGCCUUUGACAACACUGGUCGCAGACCCGAGGGUUUUGGUCGGGGCUCUGGACCGUUUGACGACUCUCCUUCCUUGAGGACCGUUGAAGAUGCUGGAAUUCCCGGCCCACCAGGCCAAUUCGGAGCGACUUCCACGACAAAUCCCCUGGCCACGCCACGAACUACCGGCGCUCGACCGACUGGGGUGGAGAACGUGCCUUCAGGACAUGGUCUCAGUCAGUCGAGCGGGAGCAACUCCUCCAGUCAACUGCCCGCUACCCAACAACGACAGAUGGUCAUGCCGGACCGCAUGCGAUGGAUCUAUCGAGAUCCCCAGGGCAACACGCAGGGUCCUUUCUCUGGUCUCGAGAUGCAUGAUUGGUUCAAAGCUGGCUUCUUCACUGCGGACUUGCAGGUGAAGAAACUCGAAGACACCGAGUACGAGCCUCUUGCCCAGCUGGUCCGGCGCAUUGGCAACUCGAGAGAACCUUUCCUGGUGCCACAGAUCGGAGUCCCACAUGGGCCGCCCAGCGCUGUACAAGGAAACCAAUGGGCUAACCCCCCCAUGAGUGCCGGCGCCGGUGCGACUCAACCGCCUUUUGCUAGUAGUUUCCCGAGCUUUGGCACGACUUUGACCGCCGAGCAACAGAACGCUUUGGAGAGACGAAAGCAAGAAGAGCAAUUUCUCAUGGCCAGGCAGAAGGAACAUCUUGCUCAGCAGCAGAUGGCCAUGAAACACAUGCAGAUCCCGAAUCCAAUGCAGCCAUUGCAGCAUCAUUCCUCUGCCCACUCGCUGCAAAGCCAACCUAGCUUUGGGAGCAUUACAUCCCCGGCUGGCUACCACCCAUCUCCCAUGCAGGCACCGAUACAACCUCCACCAGCUGGAUUGCCAUUCGGUCAACAAGGUGCUCCUACCGUGGCACCCUUUGGAGUCGAUGCCAGGGGCGGCAGAGAAGACGAGCUUCACUCCAUGAUGGACCGUCUGACAUUCUCCCAGCGGGCCAGUCUUCCGUUCACGGGUGCCCCUUUAGGUCCUUCGCCGGCGGACGUGGGCCCUCCAGCCGUUAACACCAUGCUUCAAGAUAGAGCUCGGUUACAACAACAACAGCAGCAGGCGACAGAUAUGCGAGGUCAUCAGGACGCUUUUUUAGGGCCGCAGGGCCGCAACGACCGCUUGGAAGAGUUCCACCAACUUCGUGGACAAGAGGAAAUGCAAGCUGGUCGUCUCGGCCCUGAGGAAACUCUACCGCAACCCAUCGGCGCCCAACGUCAUGUCGACGAGCAAACGGCCGCAACUGCAGCACAGAAGAUUCCGGCUCCCAUCGGCCAUCCCGCCGUCGGGGCCAAAGCGGAACAUGAGCCCUUAUCUUUGGCCCAGCAAGUUCAAAUUGCCGCAGCCACUCAACAAGCGGCGGCCGAGGAAAGCGCGCGGUCGAAAAGAGAUGCGCCUAUAGAACCACCUCCUGUUUCGAUCUCUCCGCUGCCCGCUCCUGCAGCUCAACGCAACCGACAGCACGUUGCGGAUGCUUUGCAAGCCGAGUCCAGAUCAGCGACUCAGACUCCCGUGGAGACUCCUACUGUUUCUAUUGCUCCUUGGGCGGAGAGGGUUGCAGAGCAUCCCAAGGGUCCCUCGCUGAAGGAGAUUCAGGAAGCAGAAGCCAGACGUGCGGCCGAACAGGAACAACUAGCUGCUGCUGCUCGGCGUGCUCAAGCCGAACAAGAGAGAUUGUCUCAAGCCCAGGCUCCUGCUUCCGCUCCUGUACCCGGUCUUCCGUCGACAUCAACAUGGGGUAGUUCGGCUUCACCAGUGACAGCGGGAACGCCGCAAUCCGCUUCAGUCUGGGCCAAACAGGCCCCGGCCAAAGUUAACGUCGGGGUCAAUGUGCCUGUCAAGAAGACGUUGGCCCAGAUCCAGAAGGAGGAGGAAACUCGCAAACAGCGAGCUGCCGCCGCUGCGGCUGCUGCAUCCGCGGCCGCAGCUAAUACGGGUAGCCCAGCUUCGGCCGCCGGUGGCAAGCGAUAUGCCGACCUGGCUAGCAAGGUUGCGCCGGGCACGCCGACGACCGCCUCUGCAAGUGCAUGGACCACCGUCGGCUCUGGGGGCGGCAAGGCGAAGGCUCCCCCUGCUGUUGUUGCGAUACCUCAACCGACUUCACGGACAGUGAGCAGCCCUGCCAACGCCGUAACCAAGGGACGGCCUACACUCCAAACUGCUCGAACUACCACCGUGUCUAACGCCGGUAAGGCGAAUGAGGAGUUUGCCAAAUGGAUUAAGGGUGCUCUUGGAAAGGGUCUGAACAGUAACAUCAAUCUCGAUAGUUUCGUGCAGGAUUUACUGCAGUUGCCCCCCGACAUCGAGAUCAUCUCGGACUCGGUAUAUGCCAGUUCCCAGACUCUCGAUGGACGGAGAUUCGCGGAAGAAUUCGUUCGACGCCGCAAAUUGGCGGACAAAGGCAUUGUCGAACCGGCAGCUAAUGGAAGCUUGCCUGCCGGGGCCGAUGGCAAGAAUGGAGCUGGCGGCUGGAGUGAAGUGGCGAAGAAAGGGCCGGCUCCGAGUGCACGCGACGAAAGUAACGCCGCGUUCAAGGUCGUUGCGACCAAGAAGAAGGGGAAGCGGUGA